GUGGCUCCGUGAUUUGCCCUGUGUUUAUCUGAUGGCGUUAUGCGCAUCAAAGAGGAAAGAGAACCAGGAGUAUGAUCUCCGUUGACCCUCCUGUGGUCAGAGUGUCAUCGUGCUUCGCAUGCGAGGAUAUAUCACAACUCCUCUGAACGAGGCCAAUCGGAAAAGCUAUUUUUCUUGCUCGAAACCUGCGCCGAGGUCGCUUCUUCAGGCUUGGUAUCGAUCAUCUCACCCUCCAUCCUCUCAAUGAAGCAUUUACUGGACUACCUUCACCAACACCUUUCGCCGGCUUUGAUGAUAGGAUCUGAUUUCCUAGACCGGUCUCCGUGCCGUCGAUAUCAAGAGCAAUGGAAAGUCCUUGGCUCAGCUGUGCGGGAUGGCCGAUGCACUAUGGACUGUCAAUCUCGAUGUUCAUCUUCCGGGAUCUCUGGAACCAUGUCUUUUCUCCCCGCUGAACACAGGAGGCCGGGACACAAGUAUAACAGCUCCACUUGCUACGACAAUCGGAUAUCCUCCUCCCAAGGCUUUGUCGCAUGGCCUGUGGCUUCUGUUCUAUCCCAUCAUAUUGAAUUGAGGAGAAGGGGAGCUGUAUUGAGGUCGGUAUGCCGGAAGCGCUACAUUGGCGAGCAUCAUGGAGUUCAGAAACUUGGCAACACGAGGCUUCCGUCCACGUGUCGGCCCUUGUACGUUGAAUCCUUAGCAUGCAUACGUCUAUCGUUGGUCAUUGUUUACAGGUAGACCAGUGUCGCUAAACUUUCCGUGAUGAGCAUUUCAGGCCAAGAAUAUUCAGAUAAUGAGGUGCAAUUCUUGCGACGCAGGACAUGCUAAGCCAGGACGGCAGGUAG